AUGACCAGAUCAACCCUCGAAAAGUGCACAUCAAACCAGACAAUGGUUCCUUCAAUCAAAAACUAUCUCCUCAUCGGCUUCCUAGCAUCUGCUUCCAGCGCGGCUCCACUUGCUCAAGCAGCAUGCGAUCGCACUAUCCUUACCCAAGCCGCAGACGCCUACAUCGCAGCCCAAACAGCGGGUUCUCUCACCCCACUGCAGCCCAUGCUGGCCACUCCAUGGCUCUACACCGAAAACAACAAGAACAUUUCCACCACAUCUAGCGUCCUCUCAAAAAAGCUCACCAUCGAUCACCGCCGCACAAACUACGACCUCGUCACCUGCGCCACCUACACCGAGCUCAUCGCCGCCACCGGCCCUUACGUUAUCGGCACGCAAAUCCGCCACGGCGCAGACGGCAAAGUCUCCAGCAUCGACACCAUCGCCAGCACAACCGGCUCGUGGCUCUUCAACGCGACAAAGACGCUCGAGUACGUGAAGGCCGAGGACCCGGGGUGGACGCCGCUUCCAGCGUCGGCGCAGUCGAGCAGAGAAGUCAUACAAGCUGCGGGAGAUGCCUACCUCGAUAUGUGGAGCGAUGCGCAUGCACAUGAGAAGGUGCCGUGGGGGACGCCGUGCGUGAGGCUUGAGGGCAGCGCGUAUACGGGGAAGGGAAUGGCGAAUGAUAGCUGUCAGCCUGGGAUUCCGAGUAAUCAUAAUCAGGCGCCGAAUACGAGGAGGAGGUAUGUUAUUGAUGAGGAGAUGGGGAGUGUGAGCGUCUUUUGUGUGUGGGAGCAUAUGGUGAGUUUGUGUUUCUUUUUGCUGUUUUGGAUGAUUGGACGCGCUGAGGUCGUGUUGCCGUUUGGUCUUCAGAUGGGAUUCGAAUCUUGUGACUAA